CACCUAACCCAUUUUUAAUUGUCAAUAAUUGCAUGGAGGUCCGACGACCAUCGUCCCAUCCCCAUCGCACAGUUGUGUAUGGAAAAUUCAUAACACGUUUGUAUAGUCCUAUGUCAAUAUAGUACCUAGAUCCCAUUAUAUUAGCCCACCAGCCUCGUGUCCUAUAAUUUCAAUGUUGAUUACUUCACUUCCUCCGCACACUACCACCAACGCAACAACAGUUAAGGAAAGCAACCAAGUUAGGAAGAUGAGCAAUCUGCUAUGCGGGAAGCUGGAGGCAUGUUUUGCGAUCAGACUCCCGGCGAGUCAGCACCACGACAUCUUCAGCGGCAGGCCUCACCACGUCUCCAGCAUGGCUCCGACGAAAAUCAAGAACUGUGCUCUCCAUGAAGGCGACUUUGGCAAAAAGGGCUCCAUUGUUAUCUGGGACUAUGUUCAUGAUGAGGUUCACAAGGUGGCUAAGGAACUAGUCGAAGACAUCGAUGAUGCGAAUUUUUCGACCACUUUCAAGGUGAUCGAAGGCAAUCUUCUGAAGGAGUACAAGGAGUUCAAGAUUGUUGUCAAGGCAACUCCCAAAUCAGAGAACACUAGUCUCAUCCACUGGACUAUGGAGUAUGAGAAGCUGAACGAGGACGUCCCCGAGCCCUUCUCCGUUUUGAAGUUUUUGGUUCAUCUGAGCAAAGAUAUCGAUGAUCACCACACCAAAAAGUGAUCACAUCAGUUAUCUGGAUCGACGUGAUUCCCCACCAUAAGCAGCAUAUAUAUGUGAUUUGUACCCUUAAUAUUUGUAACGUAAAAGUUCAUGCAGACAGUAGUACUGCUGCAUCGAUCUACCUUUGUUUACUAGCAAGGCGUAGCUACGGUUGUUCUUUCAGUUUCAUCAUUUCUUGGGUUUGUUAUGUUAUGUCAUGUCAUGAUGCUGAUGAUAUACAGUAAUAAAUCAUGAUAAUAAUAAUGAUUAUGAGAAAUUUCCAAUGUUGUGAAUUGUGCUACUAGAUUUGAUACAAUAAAUAAUAAUAGUAAUUUGUACGGACCAAGUCAUCAUUUGAUACCAUAAAGAAUUUAAAUUAUUCAUUUACUGAAAAUAUCAAAAGAACAUACAUUAUAUUUUAUUGACAUCUUGAUAUCCAUGGAAAAUAGUCCUUAUAAAAUAUUAAAAAAACACAACUAAUUCAAGAGAAUCAAUUACUAAAAAAUUUAAUCAAAGGGCACUUCAGUUUACUCUUUGCUGUCAUAAAUUACUACGAAUUUUAUUUUGGACUUCUUUCUGGAUUUUUUUGCCAUCAAAUUCAUCCUCAUCUCCAUGCGACUCCAUCUUCAGCAAUUAAACUUUUAUAUUCGCCGUGAAUAAUCUCUUACUUCUACUCAUAUAUUUCAUUAAAAUGUAUAGAAAUGAGAAAUAUCAUUUUUCACAUUAGUAUAAUUUACCUCAUCCAAAUCAUAAAUAUUAUCCACUAUUCGCUCAUUACCUCGUCAUUACAUACCAUGCUACUAUUUCUUCUUCUACUGCAUUUUACUAAAAGUAAAAGUUUAAUGGUAAAACAUUUUUCUAAUAAUGAAACACCAUUUUGAAGAAGUUAAAUUUAUCUUGUCAAAUUCUUAAAUUUGUAUGAGACCACUCUUCAUCAUCAUUCUUUAUCUUCAAAAUUGUUUACUCACUUAUGAGGUUAGUGAUGUUAUAAUUGUUGAGCUUGAUAUGAAAAUUAGUUCAUCCCCGAGUUUGUAGGAAACGAGGAGGUGAAAGUCCCUCUCAUUCUAUCACUAUUUCUUCAAUUGUGUGUGUUGUGAUGAGUAGUUUGACUCUUCCGAACUGUCAUCUUUUCCGAACUUUAGUUUCACUUCAUUUUUUUAUUAAUGCAUUUCGUCACCAUUAUAAGAAAAAACCUAGCUCCCUCGCGUAAAAAAAUAAAUUCAGAUUCUACUAUUUUGUCGAAAACUUGGAGCUGAAUCCUAAAUCUGCAAAAUGGAACCAAUUGAGAUACACUAUUUGGUCGUAGACUUUAUAUUUUUCCGGGUACGAAUUUUUUUUGUUUUGUUUCGAAUGAAUGAAUGAAUUUCAAGUUAAAAU